AUGGUAUUAUGGUGUAUGAUUUAUGCAAUCGCGAUAUCGGCUUUCAAACAUAUGGUUAUUACGGAAGGAGAUGCAUUCGCAGACAUCUUUAUUACCAUCAACCAUCAUCUAUUCAUUCCGACGUUUGGCCCAAGUUUUGCGCUUGGAAUGUCAAACUUGGUCACUUCAUCUUUCCUGAAACGGAUACAAUCAAUUUAUCCACCUCAGUCGUCGAACAAAGUUUGGAGAAAUCCGUGGUAUAUUGUCGCCAGUGUGGCAUAUAACGCAAGCAACGAACCUCACGCUAUUCCUCAUAUUUUCCGGCAUGCACUGCAGUCAACCUCGACUCACGACGAACGGCUACUCCUCGCUCGCAAAACACGCGAUGCGUUGUUCAAAUCGGGACUGAACAGUGGAUAUGCAAAAACUAUCAACAGCCUGGUAGCGUUAGAUGAAGUGAUGCCUCCGGAAUUGAAGGACAAGGAACCUCUGAGAAAUCGGAAAACUUACCUGCCAGAGCAUGAAGCGGCAGGUCAGAAAUUCUUUAGAGAUCUCUACGGUGAUACAGCAGGUUCCGUGCAGAAAUUGCUCGAUGUUGUGUACCCGGAAAUGGGCUGGUUUUCGACCACCAUAGGGUACGGGCUUGUAUAUGGUUACAACGAAGUCCUUACUCCACUCGAGACAUCAUACAUGCUUGUGGGCACCCUCAUUGCGAGCGACACGCCGAGGCAAAUCAACUGGCAUCUGAAGGGAGCCCGCCGGCUCGGGGCUACCCGUGAGGAGGUGAAAGCUGUGCGGCAGAUCGCUAUGGAAGUCGCUUCUGCAUGUGGAGUCAAGUGGAAGGAUGGUGUGCCAGAGUUGUUGGACGAGGGAGAAGACUGA